CUCCCCUCCGGCUCGAGGUGCCCCCCUCCCCUUCUGGGGCAUGACCCGCCCCGGCCCGCGGCAGCCAUGACCACGGCCACGGCAGGUGGCCCCAGCGGGGCUUCCGCCCCCCGGUCGCGGGAGGUGGUGCCGAGCGCGUACUCGCUCUACGCCCGCGAGCACCGGCCCUCGGUGCUGCGGCAGCUCGGGCUGCAGGACGACUCGGGGAAGUCCGACGACAUCGCGCGCGAGGCGCUGGAGCGAUCGUGGAAGGAGCUCGGCGCCGCGGCGCGGUGCGAGUACGAGGCGUGUUCCGCUGUCAACCGCCAGAGGAUCCAGCUGGGGAGGCUUCGCAGCGGAGUGCGGUCUGGGAAGGACGCAUCCCGCGUCAUCUCCGUCGUGAAGGGAGCCAUUGCCGCCAUCAGCGGCGUGCCGCCGCGAUCGGCCCGGCUCCUGCAGUUCGUCGACGGCGCAGUCUCCGCCCUGGAGGCGCUCGACCGGCGCAUGAGCCCGCGGGUGCGGGCAGUCCUCGGUGAGGGCCUCGGCGCGGCCGUCGCCUCGCGGCAGGCGCACGAGCUGGCACGGCGGGCGCUGGGCCCCCACCUGGGCGACAGGCUCGCGGCCGUGCUGCGCAGGUGGCACGAGGCGAGGCUGCACGAGGGGCCCGCCGGGGGCGCCCCCUCGGGGAGCGCUGGGGAGCGACGGCCCACCCGCCCUCGCGGAGCGGGGGCGGGCCCUGCGCGGGCGGCGCCCGCGCGGGCGGCGCGGGGCGGCCGGGGGCAGGCCGCGGAGGAGCUGCGGGACGGGGCGGUGGAGAAGCUCUGCCGGGCCAUGUCCGCGCGCGGCAGCGGGGCAGGGGAGGCUUCUUCCGCGGCGGUGCUGCCGCCGGGGGUGCAGGAGCUGGGCUGCGAGAUCGAGAGGGAGCUGUUCGCGCUGUGCGGCUCGCAGGUGAAGGAUUACAAGCUGCGCGCGCGCAGCCUCGCCUUCAACCUCGCCGCGCCCGACGGGGUCCUGCUGGGCCGGGUGCUGGGCAGACUGGUGGCGCCAGCACAGCUCGCGCGCCUGCAGGGAGAGGACCUGGCCAGCGACGCGGUGCAGGCCGCGCGGAGGGAGCAGCGCGAGAAGUACUUCCGCAGCGAGGUGCACCUCACAGAGCCGCUUCCAAAGAAGCGGCGCCAUAUUGGCAGGCCGCGGCCGCCAGAGGCGCCGAGCGUCGCCGCGCCGCCCGCGCCCGACGGCCUCGGCCCGCUCGCGGGCAGCGGCCAGGAGGACGAGCUGCCGGCAGCCCUGAGCGGCGCCCUGGGAGCACCUCUGGAUGAUGCGGAGUUGGUGCCCCUGCCGGACGCGGAGCGGGUGCCCUCGCCGCCAGCCCCCCUGCAGGACGCGGAGGACACCUCCGAGGACGCCGCGAUUGCGCGGCUGCUCGCGCUGCUGCCACCCUCGCCGGAAGAGUCUUCGAGCUCGUCCUCGUCCUCUUCGCCGUCGCCCUCGCCGCGCCCCAGCCGCAGCGCUGGUCCUGCUGCACGGCCACCGCUGCCCGUGAAGGAGGGGGCUCCGCGCGGGGCGGGCCCGGGCUGCGCGGCGGCCCCUGCCCGGCGCCUGGCACCCGGGUCGCCUGGCCGCCCGCCCGCCCGGGCUCCCGCGGAGGACGUGUGCAGCGACGCGUCGAUCGCGGCGCUGCUGCAGGGGCUGCCGCCCUCCCCCUCCUCUCCGUCCUCGACGUCCUCCUCGGCCUCCAGCGGCCCCGGCCAGGGGCCGGGCGAGGCCGCCAGCAGCUCGCAGGCCGCGAGCUCGUCGUCGCAGCAGGCCGGCGGCCCCGGCGCGCCGGACGCGCUGGAGCGGGUGGUGUGCCAUUUCUGCUGCCCCGCCAUGGGCUUCCCGCGCUCCGCGGCGCAGGCGGCACUGCGGUCGGCCAGGGGAAGCGUGGAGGGUGCCGUCGAGGAGCUUCUGCGCAGGGGGUGCGCGUGAGAGGCCCGACGGGGAGGCCCGGUACAGCGGGCAGGGGAAGAGGCACCGUCGGGCGCGCGGCGGGCGAGGUCUGGCACAGCAGGCGCCUCGCCCCCUGGGGAGAAC